AUAAUGAGGACAAUGUUUCCUACUAUCCGGGAGAGCCAACAAAACAUCGAGGAUAUUUUGAUGUGCAACAAAGUACGGAGAAUGACUUUGAGAAACCAUAUCAUGCAGAACUCUGGGGAACCAAAUGCACCAGAUGGACUCAUGAAAGUAUUUUACCAGUUCAGAGGUUAAUCUGUUGUUUUGUAAAGGGAAAGUAUCGACUGAAAGGACAAAAGGAUGAAUUGAAUAAAUCAAAAAAAUACUGUGACACUAUAGAUAGAUUAGAAGGAACAUUGAGUUGUCCUUCAAGUGAGGUGAAGAAAGUGUUUGCUAGUGAGGUUUGUUCACCGGAGAUUAGUGGAGAUGAAGAUGGAGUACGAGUGAGAUAUGUACCUGUUCUACCAUUUUGCUCUGAUGAGUUACUGGACAUUCGUGAUAAAAUAAUCAACGAAGUUGAACGAUUUAGAAGAGCGGAGAUGAAGAAAAAAGGAAAGCAUUUACGAAGUUGUCCUGAUAGAAGAAUUGUUGUGAACACGUAUGAAAGGAAGUUUGAAGAACUUAAAGAAAUGAUUCCGAACCCCUCUGAAAAAUAUCCUGUCUGGGCGCUUCGUGAGCACACUGAGAGAAAUUAG